AUGGACCCUACAUCACCUUCCCCAACUCCAACAAAAUUCAACUUUGGCUGGACCCCAUCCCAUUCCACAGAGAAGCCGGCAGGUCCGGCAGGCCAACCACUUAACACGCCAGGCCCAGCGGCAGUCGACUCGGAGCGCACACCAUCUUCCCCAGCUCCCACAACAUUCAAUUUUGGCUGGACUCGGUCCAUUGCCACAGAGAAGCCGCCGCGGUUCCAACACUCCCGACAAUGGAGUGCCAGUGUCGGUAAUCCCUCUCAAGAGACCCAUGUCUCCGCCGCUGCCCUAACUCCUCCUCAGGCACCGGCGGCCGAACAUCCAGCCAAGUUCAACUUUGGCUGGAAACAGCCACCUUCAACAACAGCGGCUGUUGCUACCCAUGUUGGGUUUGACCAUAAUAAUAAACCAUUCCAGUUCGGUUGUAAGGUCCCACCAGCAAAGGUAGGGGAAUGGACACCGGCGCCUAUUACAGCCGCCGUGCCACAAGCAGCACCGGUGCCGAUGGCAAUACCGGCGCCUAACAUAGCCGCUGUGCCAGAGGCAGCACCGGCUCCCGAGUCAGACCCUUACACGCCAAAGGCCUUGCCGAACUGGGAGGGUGGUUUCCCCGCUGCCAAACGACGGAAACUCAAUCCCGCCACUGAGAAGGCUGCCAUUGACAUUGUGAAACGGCUCAAUGGGGAUGAAUUUGAUCGACUCGCCCAAACAAUGCUGGGUAGCCUCAUUAGGCCCGGCGAUGAUGUCCGAGAUCCCAUGCCGGCAGAUGUCUUGACAGCAACCGCGCUGUAUUAUUGGCGUUCUCUUUCGUUUAUGGACUGUCUCGCAAAUGAGGUUGAGACAGCAGAGAGGACCGCGGUACUUCCGGCACAGUGGUUUUACUCCUGGUUCGCUUUGCCGGCGUGUCACUCACGGCGCACUAAAGAUGUGGCCGGCGCCUUCAAUGGUAUUCCCUGUGACUUGAGAGGCUGUCCGGAGGGAAUAGAACCUUUCAUCGGAGGAUUCAAAACCCCGCCGACCUUGGCGACAACUUGUCUGGUAUCCCAGCAUGAACCUGCAGCCCACUUCUUCUUGGUCGGCAAGGCGACCUUUGGGGGCGGCGAAAUCUCGGGCUCUCCACCGGUGGAUGGUGCUUCCUCAUCUUCACUGGAUGGACUAACACCAUCCUCUCCAAGAUCACUGUCCAACUCGGUCCUCCAAAUUGCUAUCCUCCACCACACAGCGGCGGUUAGCUUUAGGGUUGGCUUUGCCCUUACCCUUCCCUAUGCUCUGCUUUGUGGCAUUGGCAUGGUGGGCACUGAGUGGCCACAAGUCUGCCUCUUGCAUCUCACCAUCGAAAUCUUUCCAGGCCUUGAAUGA